GUAGCUCGGGUGGGCGGGGCCUCAUACUGAUCCCGCCCCUACUCGGGAGGGGCCGUGCUGGCCAGCGCUCAGGCACUGAGCGGCGCUACACCGGCUGCUCGGCUCGGGCUCAGACUGCAGCUCCAGUGGGAGUGGGCGGUGGGGAUGACAGCGGCGGUGGCAGCGGCUGCGGUGCGGGACUAAGCGAGAGGCGAGCGAGCCGAGGAAAGAGGAGGAAGUAUAGCCGCGGCCCGGAGCUCUGGAGUCAGCUGCCGCGCCGUGGACCGCCCCAUAUUGCGGAGCCAGCCGAGUCCGGACCUAGAAAGACUUCCCGGCCGGCUCCGGCCGCCGCGGCUCCGCGCUCCUCGCCGGCGCCCUGCCCUGCCCCGCCUGCCCCAGCCCCGGGUUCUGGCGGGACGCUCCCUGGUCCGCGGUCCGGGACGUGUAGUCCGGACGCUCCGAACCCCCGACCCAGAUCCAGUGCACCGGGACGGGACGCUCCUGGCCCACCAUAAGGUUCCAGGGUUACGGGCUCGCUCACAGCCUUUCUGUAGUGUGUGUCGGAGCCCCCAGCCCUUCGGCCAGAGUUAAGGCGGAGUGCACCCCAGCCCCCUGAUUGAGUGCAAAGGAGUCCGGACGCCUCCAGACUCUGGUUCCCCGAAACCCGGACCUUCUGCCGCCUCUGACACGGUACUUCGGACUUGGGAUCCGUGCGAAAGUCCAGGAAGCCCCGGCCUGGUCCAGAGCCCCGUGAGGGGUCCCAGGCGGGCUGGACAGUCAGACUGAGCCAGACUGUGCUGGUGCUGCGAGCCGAAGCUGCCACCUUCCUGCCGCCCAGACGAGGAGCUGAACGCUUGCCCCGAAGAGAACACAAGAGAGAGCCGAGAGCUGCAGCUGGCCACCACUGAGCACUCCCUCUUCUCCCGGAUGAAAAUCUCCUACAGACUGAGGAGGAGCAGCGAGAUGCCAAGGGUGGAUGUGGUCGUGCCUUGAUCUCUUUGCAGCCCAGCUCUGCCUCUUUAGAGCUUUGAAGACACUGGAUCCUUAGGUUGCUCCUGUCUCUUGCUGCUGUGGAAAGAGCAGGAGUUUUGAGGUUGAAUGGGCCUGGGUUGGAUUCCUGGUUUCCAGCACCAGUUGAGCGGCACAGAUCCCUUUGGGGCUUUGUAGGACCCACAUACUGAAGUUCACCUCAGCCCCCAUCCACCAGACCAACUCAGCAUCUGCUCUCCCACUGAAGUGACAUCACCACCUCCAUGGACAAGACCCCUCUCCCCCAGGAGCCCAGCUCAUAGCCGCUGGUACCUUCUUCCAGGACCAGCUGGGGGCCUCCAUGGGCGCCUGAAGGCAGGGCGCCAGGGCCGCGGGCACGAGCAUGGUGAGACACCAGCCCCUGCAGUACUAUGAGCCGCAGCUCUGCCUCUCCUGCCUCACGGGCAUCUACGGCUGCCGCUGGAAGCGCUACCAGCGUUCUCACGAUGACACCACGCCGUGGGAGCGCCUCUGGUUCCUGCUCCUGACCUUCACCUUCGGCCUCACGCUUACCUGGCUGUACUUCUGGUGGGAAGUCCACAAUGACUACGAUGAAUUCAACUGGUACCUCUACAACCGCAUGGGCUACUGGAGUGACUGGUCCGUGCCCAUCCUCAUGGCCACAGCAGCUGCCUUCACUUACAUCGCUGGCCUCCAGGUCCUGGCACUGUGCCACAUCGCCGUGGGGCAACAGAUGAACCUGCACUGGCUGCACAAGAUCGGGCUGGUGGCCAUCCUGGUGGCCACCGUGGUGGCCAUGUCGGCCGUGGCCCAGCUGUGGGAGGACGAGUGGGAGGUGCUCCUCAUCUCCCUGCAGGGCACAGCACCGUUCCUGCACGUGGGGGCCCUGGUGGCUAUCACAGCACUCUCCUGGAUUGUGGCAGGACAGUUUGCCCGCGCAGAGCGAUCCUCCUCCCAGAUAGCUAUUCUCGGAAUCUUCUUCACUGUGGUGUUUGCCCUCUACCUGGCCCCUCUCACCAUCUCCUCUCCCUGCAUCAUGGAGAAAAAGGACCUGGGCCCCAAACCUGCCCUCAUUGGCCACCGUGGGGCCCCCAUGCUGGCCCCAGAGCACACGCUGAUGUCCUUCAGGAAGGCCCUAGAGCAGAAGCUGUACGGACUCCAGGCUGAUGUCACCAUCAGCCUGGAUGGGGUGCCCUUCCUCAUGCACGACGCCACCCUGCGGCGCACCACCAACGUGGAGGAGGAGUUUCCGGAGCUCGCCCGCAGGCCCGCCUCCAUGCUCAACUGGACCAUCCUGCAGAGGCUCAACGCCGGCCAGUGGUUCCUGAAGACGGACCCGUUCUGGACAGCCAGCUCCCUGUCACCCUCCGACCACAGGGAGGCCCAAAACCAGUCCAUCUGCAGACUAGUGGAGCUCUUGGAGCUGGCCAAGGGCAAUGCCACGCUGCUGCUCAACCUGCGUGACCCGCCGCGGGAGCACCCCUACCGCAGUAACUUCCUCAACAUCACGCUGGAGGCCCUUCUGAGCUCAGGCUUCCCCCAGCACCAGGUUCUGUGGCUGCCCAACAGGCAGAGGCCCUUAGUGAGAAAGGUGGCUCCCGGCUUCCAGCAGAUGUCAGGCUCCAAGGAGGCGGCCGCCAGCCUGAGGAGAGGCCACAUCCAGCGGCUGAACCUGCGCUACACUCAGGUGUCCCGCCAGGAGCUCAGGGACUAUGCAUCCUGGAACCUGAGUGUGAACCUCUACACGGUCAAUGCUCCAUGGCUCUUCUCCCUGCUGUGGUGUGCAGGGGUCCCGUCCGUCACCUCCGACAACUCCCACACCUUGUCCCAGGUGCCUUCCCCACUCUGGAUCAUGCCCCCGGACGAGUACUGUCUCAUGUGGGUCACCGCCGACCUGAUCUCCUUCACCCUCAUCAUUGGCAUCUUCGUACUCCAGAACUAUCACUUGAUCAGGUGGCGCCUGGGUGGCAUCCGGAGCUACAACCCCGAGCAGAUCAUGCUGAGUGCCGCAGUGCGCCGGACCAGCCGGGACGUCAGCAUCAUGAAGGAGAAGCUCAUCUUCUCAGAGAUCAGCGAUGGCAUGGAGGUCUCCGAUGAGCUCUCUGUGUGCUCGGACAACAGUUAUGACACGUAUGCCAACAGCGCCACCACCCCGGUGGCCCCACGAGGGAGCGGCAGCCGUGCCAAGACCCUCACAGACCGGAGUGGGCGUUAGCUGAAGACCCGUCUGUCCAGCUGUACCUCGUGUGGAGACCAGAGAAGCCCACAGAACUGGCAGAAGCAUGCUCGGGGUGCUAAGUCCACAGGCUCCUCAUUGGCUCCGGUCCCUUGUCAGCCAUAGCCUCUCUUGGAGGGGCUCCCCUCUAGCCUCUCAGAUGCCCCUGCAGGCCUGGGGCUCCUUUUUCUGGGAAGUUUGGGGCCCAGGGCCCAGGGCCUGGUCCACUCCUUGAGGCCCUCCUUUGCAUCCUUACCUGGAAGCUUUGGGGGGUCACUGGGCUGUGCCAUGCCCCCUGCAGCAGCAGAGGAUGUGGAGCCUGCGUGUGCCCACGUGUGUCUGUUCUCCUGUCUGUGCUGUGAGGAAACCGCCUUCCCAGUGAUUCUCCUGCCUCAAGGGGCUGGGCUGGGCCUCUGCCCCAGCACCUCCGCUCUUCCAUCAGUCUCAAAGCACAAAGAAGCUCGGCCCAGGAGGAAUGCCUGCUCCAGUGGCGGGAACACUUGUCUUCCCCAACCAGCCUCCCGCUGAUGCUGGCCAUGUCCCCCAGGAGCCGCUGGAGAUAGCAAGAGCAGGCUCAGGGCUGCUGGAUCCACACCCAGGAGAGAUCCACAGACUGACAUGACCUCAGGUUCCCACGUCAGUGGCCAAGAGCAGGGGCCACCUGGGAAAAGUGUUCAGGCAUGGUUGAUGGUGGGUGUAUGACCAAGGAGGCCUGCAGUGGAGGGAGCCUGAGGGGCCUUGGCCAGGAUGAUUAAAGCUGCCAUCUUGA